AGUGGCGGAGUCAGUAAAAUGGCGCAUGACAGUAUUCUUAGGAAAGCUACAGAUCAUCAACAAAAAUGUUGAUGUGUAACAUAAAAGCGCUAUCAUUUCAUACUUGAGGAAAAUAUAGAUGAUAACCAUGUCGCAGUGCAAACAGAGUGCCAGUGAAUUCAUCCAGAACACUUUCAGCCCGCAUAUUGCCGUUCUCUGCAGCAAUGAUGCCCAAUUGUUAUGUGAGAAGAAUAACCUCAGUUUUGUGCAGCUGAUUCAGCCGUUCUGCAGACUUUCAUCAGAAGUGCACAUUCGGGAUGCCAACAAUGUUACCCAUUCAAUACACAAUCUACGCAUCAGUGCGUGUGAUAUGGGCACUCAGCUUCCCCAGCAGGGUGUCAUCAAGAAGCAACUCAGUGAUGCUGUGGCCUCUACCCAAGGACAGUCCCAAGAGCCCGGUGCCAAUAACAUGAUGUCCAUUGGAAACUAUGACCUGCAGCUCAGUCCUGCCACACCAUGGUUUGAGAGCUGGCGGGAAGCUUUCUUGCAAGUUUUGCCCCCUUCUGAUCACGAGUACCUCAACCACUGUUUGGCUUGCAUUUUUGUGGUGGCUUCCAACAACAGUGACCCCCUGAGUACCUUCACAGCCCUGGCCAAUCAGCAGGUAACCCAGCAGCAGCAGUUCCCGAACCGACUGCCCCGCUGGUUCUGCCAGGGAGUGCUGCACUACUAUGUCUUGCUUCAUGAUGUGCUGGAUGGGGAACAGACCAGAGCUGAGGCAUUGUACCAGAGCAUGAAGGCCACAUUUGGUGUGCAGAUCUGUCACUUGCUGCAGAUCAACUCUCGCUCUGUCAAUACAAUGGAAUCCCUGAAGACUGGACUCUCAAUGCAGCCAGACCCAUGGAGUCAGUUUCUGAACAAGCCAUCACCUUCCUUGGUCAGCUCUGAGAGCAUUGACAGUGACCACGUCUCCAUGGAAGGUUCCCCAAGCUUUCCGUCACAGCUUUCUGAGAGUAACCAUGAACAGUCUCCCAGCAACCCUCUCACAGACUCGUUUUACGAGAACAACAUUGAAGAGUCCGGUUCCUCAGGGAUCACUACUUCCUCCUCCUGUGAUCAAUUCAGCCACCCUCUGGCUUCACCAACCACGCCGCCAAGCCGGGACACCCCCUCCCCGGACAGUGACCCAACAGCUGCGGCUGGAGGUUAUCAAGGUGAAAGCAGAAGUUUUUCUGUGGGCCACCAUCGCUCACACGAUAAAAAUGUGAGCAAGUCACACGGCAUGUGUUUGACCCCAAGUGACUUGGACCGUCUGAGGAUCUUCAUGCAUGAGUUUGUGGUCCGGGCCCUCAUCCCUUGGGCUGAGCGGCAGAUGAAGAUGCUGAGUGAACAGCUAACCUCCAGAAAAGGAAUCCAUAGAUCAAUCUUCAGUGCUACGAAAAAAUGGUUUGGCAAUAAGCCUUCUGGAGCCAUUCCUGCUUCACAGAAUACCACAGUAGUGUAUACUAAAGAUGCUCCAGAGCUACAGUUGAGGAGAUUGGCGGACCUGGCUUUCUUGUUUCAAAUGUAUGAGUUUUCCUACAACACGUACCACACGGCUAAGAAAGAUUUCAACAAUGAUCAAGCCUGGCUGCACUUUGCUGGAGCACUGGAAAUGGCAAGUCUGGGAGUUUUCCUCCAGGGUCCUCACAAUCAAAAGCAGUACCCACGCCACUACAUGGAGACCGCCAUAUCAACAUACCUUACCUCUUGCAGAAAUACACAGUAUGCUACACGGGCGACCUUAACAAGCACAGAGGCCCUCAAGAAGAUAGGCAUGUACAGUGAAGCAGCCCUGCAGUUUUUGAAGAUGACUAGUGAGGAUUCUGAUCUGACCAGUGCUCUCUUCCUUGAGCAAGCAGCUCAUUGUUUCCUCGCUCUGAAGACCCCAAUGGUGCGCAAGUAUUCGUUCCAUAUGAUCCUGGCAGGGCAUCGCUUCAGCAAGGCUGGUCAGAGAAAACAUUCAUUACGAAGUUACUCCCAAGCUUUGCAAAUUUACAAGGCAAAGCACUGGUCAAUUGCAGAGGAUCACAUCCAUUUUACGAUUGGUCGUCAGUCCGUGAACCUAAAGCAACUGGAGAAUGCCACAGCAGCUUUCAAGCAUCUGUUAACAGAACAGAGUAAGCAGCCCACCUCCCAACAAGCAGCUUUUCUCAGAGAGUACCUCUUUGUCUACAAGCAACUUCUGAGCCAGGAGGAGAGAGACAGUAGCUCAUAUGGCCACCUGCCGGAACUGCCUCUGCCCCUGGUCAAUAGCAAUGCCACAAAGGUUCUCCUGAGUGGAACACGCGAGAAACAAGAGGGCAAUGGAAGAAAGACGUCGGCAACAGGAAUGUGGUUCUCAGAUGAGGAGCAUUCAGCAAAGUGGGACGUCCUCGAGGAGAGAAUGACACAGAUUUCUGGUCGCUCCCACAAACCCAACCCGCAGCUCUUCACCAAUGAUACAGACAACCGGUCUAGUCCCGUUGCUUUUGUUGGAGAACCCAUCACCAUAGAACUGCAAGUGGAAAACCCCCUCCAUGUGAUGCUAGUCCUGUCUGAAGUGUCAUUACUUUGGACUUUUAUUCCUUCCAUUCAAGGGCCCGACCCUCCUCAGGUCAUCUCAAAUGAAAUGACUACUGGAGUGAAGAAUAGCCUAGCUGAUGAGAUCAUUCAGACGUCCGUGAUAAAAGAAGUGAUUGUGCAAGGUAUCCAAAAUGAGUCGAUUCAUCUGACCUUGACCCCGAGGCAGCCCGGUCAGCUACGAGUGGUGGGCCUGGCCUACAAUCUGGGCACCAGCUCGCUGGCUCAAAACUCUUCCCUGCAGCAGGAGGUGGGGUCCUCAUCCAUGUCUGCACCCAGCAAGCCAAGCUAUACCACCAGUGUCCUCGUUAGGGGCAAACAGAGACUCGAACCCCAGGGGCCUCGCCUCAACAACUCGAAAGAAGAACGAACACAGCAGUUGUACGGCCCAGAUCGACGUCUUGAUCUACUAAUUCAUGAGGAGAUGCCCAGUUUAGAUGUUGUCUUCUGCGACUUCCCGGAGAACCUUUUGUGUGGCGAGGUGCAGUGCAUAGAGAUUGAGUUCACCAACUCUGGCAAGAGCCCCCUUCAGAACUUACGAGUGACCUCAUCUCACCCACGGUUCUUCACAUUUGGCCGCAACUCGGAACUGCCCAAGUACCCCUACGUCUACCAGAUGAGGGCCCCACAGUGCAGUUCACUUAGCUCCACCCUCACCAGCACGAUUCCGGAUCGAUCCUCGUUCCUCUCACUGCCCGACGUCCUUGACAUUCCACUGCCCAAAGGGGCUCUCCAGCCAGGAGACACCCUGUCGCUCCCCCUCUGGCUUCGUGGCGAUGACAUUGGUGGGGUUCACGAAGUGGAUUUCCUCUUUUAUUACGAGCCAGUGAAGCAUUCCUGUAACAUAAGGCAUCGAGUGGUGCGGCACUGCACCCUGCUCAAUACAGUGGAGUCCCUGAGUGUGCGCACCACGGUGUCACGACCUUCGGCCCGAGCUGGCGCCACCAGAGGUCAGGAGUUGAACUCGUGUAUCUUUGCGUGCGAGUUGGAAAAUCUGAGCCAGGUCCAGAUACAGAGACCCCAUGUCCAGGAACUGCAGGUGACCCAGGUGUCUUGUGUGAGUCCUUGGUGGACACUGGUCAGCCUCGGGGCCAAACACCAUUCGGGUGUGCGUCUUGGCAGCAGAGAGACUUUACAGCUGGUGAUGAAGGGCUUGAAGCAGGAGCAGGAAAACGAGUCUGAGAAGCUUGUGUUUAGCGAGGUUGCUUUUGACAGGGAUCAGGUGAACAGUGCGUGCAGCCCUUGCUCUGAUUUCUUUGUUCGUAGCUCUCUGCGACACAAGCAGCUGUCUGCGGGAGAAGCCCCGCAGGAUAAACCUCCGGUGUCUUCCCCAGCAGACUCGGACUCAUCGGCCAAGGCGAGGGCACGAGAGAGUGUGAACGACCUGGAAUCUGCCGUCAUGCUGAACCUGACUUUGGUCUUUCUUUGGAAAGCCUAUGUGGUUCAGGAGAGCGGUCAGAUGAAGAUCGUAGUCGGCCAGCACCAUGUGCAUGUGGACCAACUGAAUGCUUGUGCCACAUCCUAUCCCACCCCACCGACCGCCCCGAGCCGCCCCCCUCUGCGAUUCACCCGUGUUGUUGAGCAAGAGCAGCAGCAGCCACCCAGUCCCGAGGUGACCACACAUCUGGUGACCUACUCUUUCACACAUGUACACCAGAAGGAGCAUGCGUUCUCAAGGGGUAUGUGCGUGGUCCCUGUCACGCUGGUUUUGCAGAACCACUCAGAACGAGAGGUGCAUGUUGUAGUCGAUACCAGCAAAACUCCGGAAAGCCUGAGCUCAGGAGGAGGAGGAGGAGGAGCAAUGGUUUCAGAUUCUUCAUCGUUUCCUCAGCAGCUUCCCUCCUCUGCCUCUUCAUCACAUUCUGUCCGUUGGGUGGGCCUCACCCAGGCAACACUGACCCUAAGCAAAGGCCAAAACUCUGCGGUGUCCCUCAAGGCAGGGGUCACUCGCCCCGGCACCUACAACCUGAACAACAUCUCCGUGUUUGUCACCUACAGCUCCGACCAGUCCCAGAUGAUCCUACAGAAGCAUGCCACUCCUAGUAUUAUAACCCUGGUGGACACUUCAUGAUAGGCUACUGAAGGUUCAUUACCCUCAUUUACAAACACGAAAUACCAGAAUGGGGUGGAAAGAUUGAGAGAUAUGCUUGUAUCGACUGUCGGCUUGUUAUAUGGUUGUAGGCCUGUCUUACAAGUAGACCAUUACUGGCUACAGCAGAGGUAUCAGACGCCAUCUCUGCUCAACAUGCUUGCUUUAUGUAUGCCAGUCUAAGGUCUUUAUCAUCGUUGUCAUGUUGAGACCCCUCAUUUCCAUUUGUAUUGUAAUUAAAGAGCUAGGAGAUGAUUGUGUAAGAGGCUGUUUUCUUUGGCAGUAAUGUUUUAAGUGUAAAUUGAAUAUUUGUGAGUGGUAGUGUUUUCUAUGCAUAGAGAGGGGACAUGAAGAAUACUGAGAAGAUAUUUGCCGCAUGCUAGCUGUUAAUAUGUAUAAAAGUAGUCGAAAUUGUCAAGAUGGCCAACUAUUGUUGAAUAAAAAGGCGGUUGUCUUAAACAGGUGCAUAUCUUGGACUGUCAUUGUAAUGUAAAAAAAAAAAAAAAAAGCCCUGUUAGGUGGGAAGUGGCCGUUUGAACAAGUGAUCAACUUGGACAGGUGGCUGUUAGAGCAGGUUUGACUGUAUGUCGAUUACACCUGUGGCUUAACUGAAGUGGGAACGCUUUGAGAUGCUAGGAAAUUAAUGUUAUAUCUGGGUAGAUGGUAUUUCUUUGGCUUUCUCUUGUGUAUGAUUUGUUUGUUUCUGUCCUGAGGUUUAUGCGUCGAUUUUGAGAUAAGUGGUUGGAGUCUUGAGGAUAUCUUGACCUUUUGUUCUUUGUGAAAUGUAGGAAAUUUUAAAGAAAUUUUAAGCUUCCAGCCUUCUGUGUGACCAUGUCUACAAAAUGUAAGCACUGUUUUGUAUUCAGAAUUGUUAGUGUCAGUUUUGUUUUUGUUACGCUCUUUUAGAAUGACUCUGUUGUUCUGCCAUAAUUCCACUUACAACUGAACCUGCAUUGAAGGAACACUUGUCAGCAGUUGAUGUAUGAUGAAGGGGGAUAGUUGUCGUCUGGGAUUUACGGUUCUUUAUUUAUCACUAUUUUUCCAAUUUGUGAUUAUGUGAAUCUUGUUGAUUUGAAAACUUCUAAGGCAAUAUGAUUUCUUUUCCCCCGUAAAUCUUUUUAUUAAAUGCCUUACCUUUUCUGAAAAUGUGCAUGUCCUUUUGCCAUCAGAUACACAUAGACCCAACUUAAGAUUGCACUGUCUUGCCUUUCAACUGUGUAUGGCUUCAUCUUCAAACAUUCGAAGGAAAACAUUUAUUAUUGUUAACAAACAUGGGCGUUCUGUUAGUGUUGGAUAUUUUCAUGUUAUGUUUAUUUGUCUAAGAUAUUGAUGAUGGAGCACUUGCGUACAUCUGGUUGUGAAAGAGUUAGCACAAAAACAAAUGUGGAGAUAUUUUUUAGAUGAUUUAAAACUUUUGUUCUCUUUUGAUAAGAGUUAGUGAUCAAAAGAAUGGAAGGGAGAGAGGUCAUUGUUCAUGUGAAGAAUGAAAUAUCAAUUCUCCCCCCCCCCCCCCCCCCCCCCCCAAAAAAAAUUAGUCAGAUCAAAUAAUGCUAACUAGUAAACUCGAGCAUAAAUCAGCUCAGGGUGAUGUGUCUUACAGUGACUGGUAUAAGUAUCAAAAGUUAGGACUCAGCCGAACAAAAAAAAAAAAAA